UGUUUUUGCUUUUCAUUACAUUUUCAGACAUUGAAUUGUGCGUGUAUCUUUUUGUGUGUUGGACAAAAAUGAAGGGAGUUCUAUUUUUUGGAUUCAUGUGUGCAACAUUCAUGAAUUGUUAUGGAAGGGUUUGUAGUGAUAUGGCAUAUGAUAUCCCGAUGGCUACGUGGAAUAGUCAAGGCGGAAGAUGGGGUACGGUGAAAACAUUGUUAUCACAUACGUAUCCUGAUGUCGAGGUACUUGCAUUGCAAGAAUGCGGCAAUCCGCCUAUUGAUCCAGCUAUAGCACUUGUUGGAAAUGGUAAUAUACCAACACAAUGGUCUGAUAAUAGACCAUAUUUGACUGUGCAAUAUAUAUCCUAUUUCUAUAAUAAUGGUGAUAUUAAUCAAAGAGAUAAUGGAAGUGGCGCAAAGGAAUAUACUAUCAAUGUGAGAGAUAGAGGCCAUGUUCAAAGAAUAUAUUAUUUAUAUCAUUACGAAUUACAAUUGGCUGGAAAUGUAAGAACAAAUACUGCCAUAAUCACGAAAACAAGAGCGAAUGAAGUGUUUGUUUUAAUUGAUCCAAAUGAAUCAAGACCAGUAAUUGGCUUCCGAAUUGGAAGUAAUUAUUAUUUUAGUAUGCAUGCUGGGGCUUAUCCGAAAAAUCCUUCUCCAGAUACAGUCUCACAAAUUGCACAAUUUGUUAGCAACAACGCAAUGCCUAUGGAAGACGUUUCAUUUGUAGUAAUGGGCGAUUUCAACACAGAGCCUAAUUAUUUUAACCCCACCGUAAUACCUCGGGGUUUCCAUUUUACAAAAGUUCUACCAUCUGAGAAAACACAAGGUCUUGGCAAUACUGUAGUUAGGUUAUACGAUUAUGCAUUUAUUGGAACAAGAAACACUUGUGAAUUUCCAAAUUUUAUUGUAAACGCUGGGAAUAAGUACGACAGUGAUCAUCGAGUUGUUGUAUUUCGAAGACAAUAGCAAGUUUUAAGCAUAGGACUGGACUAAUAAACGUCAAUAGGGGUUGUCAUUCUUGUUUAAUCAAUUUACUUCAAAUUUUCAAUAAAGAAAAAAAUGUUUCAAA